AUGAAUACUGAAAAAAAAAUCAAUAUAAGAAAAAUUAGAAGUGCUUCACAAUAUGGGCAUCAAUAUGACACCUGGAAGGGUCAAGUUAUUAGUAAUUUUGACCAUGAGCUUCAUAAUAUUUAUAUAGAAGGAGAUCACACAGAAAAAAGAAGAAAAUGCAGAAACUUCAACAACAAGGUAGAUGACACAAAAGAAGAAUUUAUGGGAGUAAAAUCAACAACAUUAAACGUUAAUGGAGAUCCUGAAGAAGCAUGGAAUGAAAUUGAACAACAUAUAAAGACAAAAAUUAGACAAUAUAGCAAUCUUAAAUGUAUAAGAAUUCCUAGUAUUCAUCCAAAAGAUGUAAGAGAUAAAAGGAAUAAAAUAAUGUAUUUCUGUGAAGAUAGAGAUAAACGUUUUUAUUCCCUAAAAAUGAGCAAAAAAAAGGAUGAUUGUUUAAAUUAUAAUCAAUGGAUAAAUAAUGAAAAGAAUAAAUUUCAGACAGACAAUCCAUGGAGUAUAAGUGAUAGCAUGGGAAAUAAUCAAGCUUUUAAAACUUCUAAUAAUUGUACAUUGAUCAAUAUGGAUAUGUUUUCCAAUGAGAGUUGUGAUAAAUAUAACCAGAUCCCUCAAAAAACGAGUAGUUCACAAAGCCGACAACGGUCAGGUUCUCCUCUAAUUACACAAAAAACUCCUAGAAGUACAGCAACUCCUAUCAAAAUAACUCUACCUACUGCUACCAUUAAUCCUACAACUAUAUUUACGCCUACACCUACAACUUCAACUAUACUUACACCUACAACCACAACUAAAUCUGUAACUAUACCUAAAUCUACAAUUGCACCACCACCUACAUCUCCAUCUACACCUCCAUCUACAACUACAACCAUAUCUCCAUCUACACCUCUAUCUACAACUACAACCACAUCUCCAUCUACAACUAUAACUACACUUGCAUCUGCACUUAAAACUAUACCUACAUCUACAAAUGCAACUACUAGUACAACCACACCUACACCUACCUCUACACCUCAACCUACACCUUCAACUACAGCUACACAAGCUACUACAACUACGUCUACAAAUGUAUCAACAACUCAAAAUACAUCACUACUUAGAUCUACUAUAAAACCUACAACUACAUCUGCACCUAUCUCUACAAAUACACCUGCACUUUUAACUACAAAAGCCAUUACACCUACAGCUCCACAAGCAACUACAUCUAAUCAUUCAUCAACAACUACACCUGCAUCUAUAGUUACACCUCCACCUACCUCUAUAACUACACAAUACAAUACAUCUACUACUACGCCUACAACACCACCUGCAUCUACGUCUACACCUAAAGCAGCACCUACACCUUCAACUACACAAGCAACUACACCCAUAUCUACAAAAGUGCCUAUAACUACACCCUCAAAAGUAUCAAAAGUUCAAAAUGCAUCAUCACCCCCAUCUACAUUAAAACCUAAAACUAUAUCUACAACUGCACCUAAAACUACGCCUACAUCAACAGCUGCAUCUACAAUCACACCUACAUCUAUACCUUCAACUACAUUAAGUACUACUUUUCAAAAUAAAAGUCAUGGGAAUAUAUCUUCAAGUAUUCCUAUUAAAAGUUCAUCUACAUUAACUGAAUCUACAAUUAUUUCUCUUUCAGCUACAUUGGGACCAUUUUUGGGAAUUAUUAUCCUUUUUAUAUUUGUGUAUAGAUUCACUCCUAUUGGCUCUUGGAUUGGUAAUCGUAGAUCAAAGAUAAAGAAAACACAGAGAAAAAAGAAGCAAGUACAAGUAGAUAAUGAAUCAAUAUUUGUAGGAUUUUCCGAUAAAAAAUCAGAGAUCAAUAUGAAAAACUUUCCAACAUGUAAUGAGAAAAACAGUUCCACGUGUAAAAUUGUAUUGGAAAAUGAAAAUAAUGAAAGAAAUAUAGAAACAAAAAGUAAUAUUGCAGAAAGAAGGAAAAAGUUAAAAUGGAAGGCUGUAAUUGAAGUGCAUAUGAUGGUAUUAGAGGAGUUCCAAAAAGAGGAGUGGGAAUUGAAUAGAAGAGAAUUUCUAAAAAUUUGUUUGGAAGAAUUUAAAGAAGGCAUAUAUUCGGAUGUAAUUAAUAGACACUUGAUUAUGGAAGGAGAUCAAGAAAAAAUUGCUAGUAUUUUUUUAGAACAAAGACCACUAUGGAAAAUAUGGAUGGAAAGGAACAAUAAAUUGAUAGAGAAAUGGAAAAAGGAGCAAUGGUUUAAAAAUUUAAAGAAAGAAUGGAAAAAAGAGGUAAAUAAAUAUAUAACGUUGAUAGAAAAAGAAGAGAUAAUGAAAAACAAAAAAAAGGGAGCAAUUAACUCCAUGCUAGAGAAACAAAAAAUAAUAUGGAAAAAAUGGAUACAAAAGCAAAAUAAGUUGCAUACUUUUGAUGACGAAGAAUUGUUAAAACAAUUGUUAGUAGAAUAUGAAACAGAAGAAGAAAUGAAAAAAAAUGUGGAAGCAAUAUAUAGAGAAAAAAUAAGAAUAGAUAUAGAGGAGAAGGAUAAAGCAUUUAAGGAUUCAAACAAAAAUGAAUUAUUAUCUAGAUUAAAGAUAGAGAUACACAUGAUGGUAUUAGAUGAAUGCAAAAAAGAGGAAUGGAUAAGGAACAAAAAAGAAUUUUUUAAAAUAUGCAUAGGAGAAUUAAAAUUACAGGAUAAUUCCGAUGAAAAAGAACUUUUAGAAAUAGAAGAAGAAAUAAUGAAAAGCAUUACAUUAAAAAAAAAAAAAAAGGAAUUAGAGAAAUUUAAAAAAGAAAAAUGCUUUAUUGAAUUGAAGCAAGAAUGGAUGAAUAAUGAAAAGAAAUAUAUAGAAGAAGUGAAUAAAGAAAACUUAUUAGGAAAUAAUGAAGAGAGAGUUGAAAAUCCUAUGCUACAAAAGCAAAAGAUUAUAUGGAAGAAACAUUGGGAAGAAAUGCAUGAGAAGUUAAAGAAUGAAAAUAAAAAUGAAUCCUUUAUAAAGUUCAUGGACGAGUACAAUAAAAAAGUCAUUAAAAAAGAAGCAGAUGAAAUUAACGUAGUAGAAAAAAAUAUAAAAGAGGAUGAAAUUGAAAAAGAAAAAAAAAAAGAAGAGUACAUACAAUUAGAGAAAAAAGAGGAAACAAAAAUGAAACAUAUGGAAAGAAAGGUAGAAGAAGUAAGAAAAAGGAGUAAUUAUAUGACAUUGAAAAAGAAGCCGAAGAGAAAAACUAUAAUAGAAAUACAUAUGGUAAUAAUGCAGGAUUGUAAACAGGAGGAAUGGGAAUUAAACAGAGCAGAAUUUUUAGAAAUUUGCUUGAAUGAAUGGUUAAAAUGUGAGGAUUUAACUGAAGACGUAAUGGACAA